AUGAUCAUGAAGCAAAUAAUGAAUCAUGAAUGGCUCCUCGGGCUGGCCUUGACUGCCGCCACGAUACCGACAGUCGCCGCUGACUUGACGACAACCAUCAGUUCCACUACGAAUUGGGGCACCUGGGAGGGUUUCGGCGUGUCUCUUGCAUGGUGGGCGAAGGCAUUUGGCACGCGGACUGACUUGGCCGAUAUUUUCUUCUCCACCAAAUCGACAACCUACAAUGGACAGAGUGUGCCCGGGAUUGGGCUCACCAUUGCACGGUACAACGCCGGCGCCUGCAGUUGGAACACGUACAACGGCUCCACAAUGGUGGUGUCUCCCGACAUGAUCGCUUCGCGACAGAUGGACAGUUACUGGGUUGACUGGGCCAGCACCUCGCCGUCAUCGUCGAGUUGGAGCUGGAGCGUCGACGCCAACCAGCGUAACAUGUUGUCACUGGCCAAAGCCCGCGGUGCAACAACUUUCGAACUCUUCUCCAACUCACCUCCUUGGUGGAUGUGUCUGAACCAUAACCCGUCCGGAUCGGACAACGGCACCAGCAACAACUUGCAAUCGUGGAACUAUGAUCAACACGCGAUCUACCUCGCCACUAUUGCAAAAUACGCUGCGGCUAACUGGGGUAUAUCCUUCCAGUCGGUGGAAGCCUUCAAUGAGCCGUCCUCAGCCUGGUGGAAUGGCCAGACUGGAACUCAGGAAGGCUGCCAUUUCGAUGCCAGCAUCCAGGCGACUGUGAUUGGAUAUCUCCGUACUGAAUUAAACAACCGGGGCCUUGGCUCAACCUUGAUUGCAGCCUCGGACGAAACCUCCUACGACUUGGCGAUCACCACGUGGAACAGCCUCGGAAGUACAGCGACGGGCAAUGUCAACCGUAUCAACGUCCACGGAUACCAAUACACCGGGGGACGACGAGAUACGCUAUACAGCCUGGCCUCCGGCGCAGGGAAACGACUCUGGAACAGCGAGUACGGUGAGAGCGACGCGACAGGCCAGAGGCUUGUCACCAACCUACUUCUCGACUUCCGCUGGCUCCACCCCACAGCCUGGGUAUACUGGCAAGCCAUCGAUGGCGGCGGAUGGGGCCUGAUUGAUGGAAGCAACGACGACUUGACACUCGGCGCGGUCAGCCAGAAGUACUAUGCUCUGGCACAGUUCGCCCGCCACAUUCGACCUGGUAUGCGCAUCCUGGACGGCGGGAGCAAUUAUACUGUCGCGGCAUAUGACUCCUCGGCAAAAAAGCUGGUUAUCGUCGCUGCAAACUGGGGUGCGGCCCAGUAUCUUAACUUUGAUCUGUCCAAGUUCAGUAAGCCUGGGGCCAGCGGAGCCUUGGUCCCGCGCUGGAUAACUCAAACCGGAUCUGGUGAUCAAUAUGUUAGCUACAGCGACACUUAUAUGAGUGGGACCAAGUUUUGGUCAUAUUUCCCCACCGGAGCGGUGCAGACGUUCGAGGUGUCGAAUGUGACGUUGUAG